UCGUGCGAAGCCCGUGGCGCUCGCUUGUCGGAGAAAUUCAAGUCAAGCAAUGUCAUCCUUCGGCAGCUCUAACCGGCCAUUUGACGACGACGGCUACGUUGACUUCGAUCAUCACUUCCAAUCUCAGCGCCUAGAAUCGUUCUCUAACUUCGACGCCAACUCGGCUGGUGACUCAUCUCCCAUAUUUGGCAGCCAGUCUUACGCCGCCGGCGACGAUAUUUUUUCGUCUCAGCCGGUCCCGGAAGCUCCGUCUCCUCCAUCGAUCUACUCCGCUGCCGGGGGAUACGCAGCGUUCUCUUCGGAGCAGAGCGUAAAGGAUCUCGAUGGUGAUUUCGGUUCCUCUAAUGGUCCGAUCUUACCUCCUCCCGUGGACAUGGAACUUGAAGUGGGAUUCGCUCUGAGGGAAUGGCGAAGAAAGAAUGCAGCUCAACUUGAAGAGAAGGAGAGGAAGGAGAAAGAGCUGAGACAACAUAUUAUAGAGGAAGCGGAAGAGUACAAAAUCGAGUUUUGCCGGAAGCGUGAGAUCAACGUUGAGAACAACAAAGCGUCAAACAGGGAAAAAGAGAAGCUUUUUCUGGCAAGCCGGGAGAAAUUCCAUGCUGAAGCUGAGAAAAACUACUGGAAGGCAAUUGGUGAACUUAUUCCACAUGAAGUGCCAGCCAUAGAGAAGAGAGGGAAGAAAGAUAAAGAGAAGAAGCCUUCCAUUGUAGUGAUUCAAGGGCCAAAGCCAGGGAAGCCAACUGACCUUUCAAGAAUGCGCCAAAUUUUAUUGAGACUCAAGCAUAAUACUCCGCCACAUAUGAAGCCUAAGCCACCCCCAUCAUCAGAACUGAAAAAGGAUACUAAAUCUGGAUCUUCUGAUGGGGCAAGUCCAGGUGCUGUACCUCCCAAGGCUGUAGGGGUUGUUGCUGCAGCUUGAGAGAGUUGCUGAAUGCUCAAUUCUAUAUGUGAAAAUCAGUAUGUCAAGUCUGUGAUAGCGACAAGUUUGUGAGGUUCUUGGUGAUGAGUGUGCGGCUGCGUAUUAUGUAGAAAAUUAAAAUAUCUAUGUCAAAUUUGGUUGCCUAAUACUACCUCUUACCAGCGAGGUUUUAUAAUUAAAA